AUGAUAAUUUUAGUUAAUAGUACAGAAGCUAAUGCCAUUACCAAGAAUAAUGCCAAUCCAUUGCCCUCGAUCAAAGUGCUUUUGCUUAAAGUAAAGGAGAGUAAGUUUCUCGCCACAUUGGAUCUCAAGGCUUGCCUUGAUGAUGAAAAUGAUAUCAUUGUAGUUGGUGCUACUGUAGAGGAGCUUAAAUCUAACCUGAUACAAGUUUUGGAAACAUUAAGACGUCAUGGGAUGAAAAUAAAUGUAGAAAAAUGUAAGUUUUUCCAGGCCGAAGUAGAAUUUUUGGGGCACCUAGUAAUAUCUGAAGGCCUUAAGCCUUGUGCCAAUAAGGUUGUAGCAAUGAAAGUAUUUCCACGACCAAAACAUGCGAAAGAUGUAGCCAGCUUCCUCGGACUCGCGGGUUACUGUCGGAAGUUCAUUAGAAAUUUUGGACAGAUAGCGAGACCGUUAGAUGCAUUAAGGAAGCAACCUGAUUUCCAAUGGGGUGAGAAAGAGGAAGAAGCUUUUCAGAAAUUUAAAGAUGCCCUAAUGAGCGACGAACUCUUGGCUUAUCCGAGGUUCGAUCGCCCUUUUUCUGUGACCACAGACGCAAGUGAUAUUGCGAUAGGGGGAGUAAUCUCCCAGAUUGACGAUGAAGAUUUUCACAGAUCAUCAACCAUUAAUGUACAUGCUGAAGAAGAGCGAGAUUACAAAUUGCCAAACUCGUUAGAUCGAGUGAAUUUUAGAGUUUGA